AUGCCUGCUCAGAACCACGAGGUCGUCCGAGACGGCUUCAGCUGUAUCGGUGAAGAUUUCUCUGUCUUGUUGACUAGAGCUUCCAGGCGCUUUGCCAUUCCACGAUGUGAAGCCGACGUUCUUCGCCAGCAAUUUCUACCAAAGGUGACUCCCGAAGGACAACGACGGAUUGCAAACUGGGCUCGCAACACAGACAUCCCAGACGCCUUUGUUCGCGCCCAACUCAAACACUAUGGCGUGCAGUACGACGAGAGCGAGAUUUCUGGAGACGGAGCCGAUCUAUUAACAAAGGCUGUGGCAGCUGGUAAAUGUGACAGCGUUCCUCAGCACAUUUCUGAUCUGCGCGAACAAAUGUACCAGGAAUUUAUCGUGAAGCCAUCGACCAGGGAGUUGGGCUAUCACCCCGAGUGGAUCGCGCCGAGAUACUUUCUGACAUCGGGGCAGCCAGAUCGUAGCAAGACGACUACAGUCGUCGACAUACCCUGCGAUAGAUCAGACUUUCAAAUGAAGAGGGUUUGUGAGGCUGCUGCAAAGGUCGAAGGCCUCCACUUUGCGAAAGGCAGUUUGGACAAGAACAAGCACGUCUUCUUGGGCUGGGACGAAGCUGCUGUGAAAAAGGCAGCAGAGGACUUUGUAGUCGAGGCCGAUGCGGCAGCAAAGGCUGCGGAUGAACAGAAACACCAACAGCGCAUUAAGUCGCAAGGAAAAUAUCUCUGCACACUUGACGAACCAGAGCGGGUUGCCCAAGGCUUUUCGCCCGUCGGCAAGUAUGAAAUUGAGUGCGAGGAGAUUACGGACCAAUGGCCAGAAGAUUCCAAGAAGAUGACCAUGAACAUUCACCCUACCAACGUGCAAGGUCUCUACAAAGCUCAAUUUGAUUUCGGUAUUCUGGUCGGAGUCAUGAUCAUCAGCCGAAAUGUAGAGGACAUCAAGAAGUACCGCAGAAUCUCAGACGAUGAAGACGAAUCGGAGGACGACGAGGAGAACGAGGAAACGAACAACGCCCCUACAGGCUCCAAAAGAAAGGCCCCACCCGUUACAGGCCCGCGAAAGGAAGCCAAGGUCGACGAUGCAGAGCCUUCCCCAUUCAAGUAUGAGCUAAGAUUGAGAGCUCGCGAGACUGGAGAGGGCGACAUUUUCCCGGAUCCUUGUAAGGGCACAAUCAUUUUUGGCGACGACAAGUUCACCUGGUUCAAGGGGUCGGCCACGCUUCCUUGUGUUGGCGACGAACCGUUCAGAGGGUACAAGGUGGCGGACAAGCCAGUCGACAAACGUUGGAAGUGGGAGACGUUCUCGUGGUAA